AUGCGAUGCGCGAGCAAGGCCGCCGAGAGCGCGUCUGCACGUCUCUGUGCGGACGCCGAAGCAGAAACUACAGCAACUGAUGUCCCAUCGGUUGCUGAAUCGACUCAGCCUGUAUCACCUGGUGAUGCAGGCGCUGGUCAUGAAGACACUCGUGUCUUCACAGAGUACGAGCUCGGUGUCUCGUACUCUCCUGAUACGGAUGACGGAUCCGUAUCGACGGCAGUUGAAUCCAAGCCGCCUGCCAAGCGUGGCAUGGACGAUGCUUUGCGUCGCAGCAUCUUUGGUUCAUCUGAUGAGUCAGAUGAACCAUCGCCGAAGCGAAGGCGCUCGAGGUCGCGAGACUCGGGCGCUAAUAGUGGUGUCGUUUCUCCAAUGGACACCACUUCACAGCGAGGUGCCAGUACUUCUGUCGGCACGUCGCAGGAAGAGCGGGACCGCAAUGUGUUGCGUCUCGCUCCAGAAAAGAAGGCAUGGAUGCCUCCUAAAUCUGUCAUGGAUCACUUGUCGGCGACGACGAGUGAUCGUUAUCGAACACGAUUGUUCGAUUCGUCGAGGAUUCAUCACCUUGACCCCAGCGCGAAAGACUAUCGCGCUGAACAUGAGUUCUUCAUCGAUGCUUUCUUCAGACAUCGAUGGUACAGUGGGAAUCACAAACGUGAUGGUCCCUCACUACUUCAGGCGUGGAACGCCUACAUCCAUAAUCUCGAGGAUGUAGGUCGUGACGCUUGGAACGACAAACUUAUCAAAGCUCGUGAUAAGUUUGAAAAGCGAACCCCGACAGGUGCACGCUAUAAGCUGCAUCGUCUGUCAAGGGAGAAAGGAUUACCCUGCCUCUCUUGGGGAGACUCGUGCCCAUGUUGUGUGAACAACUCUGCACGAGCACCUAAGGAGGCUUACCUCCUUACCAGCCCGUGGUGGCGCGUACGUGUCUCUACUGAGAUGUACGAAGGGAUUGACAACCUGAAAUCCCUUUACGACCGUGCCGGGAAGACUUUCUCCGGCGGUCCUUCUGCGGCACAGGAUGUGUCGCGUCGUACUGCUCGACCAGACCCAGUACGUCAACCAUCAAUUGGGAGCGGGGCUCCCAAGAAUCCCAGGACGGGGGAUAGCCGCGCCACCGGACGAGGUAACUCGUCCGACGUCCGUGUUCACGUCGCGGUGGUUCAACAGCUGCUCUACUAG